AUGGCGCGGCCCCGGGGCGCGGGGGACUCGCGGGCCGCGCUGCUGGCGCUGCUGGCGUGGCUGGCGCGGGCGGGCGUGGCGCGCGCGGCGGGCUCGGUGCGGCUGGCGGGCGGGCUGACGCUGGGCGGGCUGUUCCCGGUGCACGCGCGGGGCGCGGCGGGCGCGGCGUGCGGGCCGCUGAAGAAGGAGCAGGGCGUGCACCGGCUGGAGGCCAUGCUGUACGCGCUGGACCGCGUGAACGCCGACCCGCGGCUGCUGCCGGGCGUGCGCCUGGGCGCGCGGCUGCUGGACACGUGCUCGCGGGACACGCACGCGCUGGAGCAGGCGCUGAGCUUCGUGCAGGCGCUGAUCCGGGGCCGCGGCGACGGCGACGAGGCCGGGCUGCGCUGUCCCGGGGGCGCCCCGCCGCUGCGCGCCGCGCCCCCCGAGCGCGUGGUGGCCGUGGUGGGCGCCUCCGCCAGCUCCGUGUCCAUCAUGGUGGCCAACGUGCUGCGCCUGUUCGCGAUACCCCAGAUCAGCUACGCCUCCACGGCCCCAGAGCUCAGCGACUCCACACGCUACGACUUCUUCUCCCGAGUGGUGCCACCCGACUCAUACCAAGCCCAGGCCAUGGUGGACAUUGUGCGGGCACUGGGGUGGAAUUAUGUGUCCACGCUGGCCUCGGAGGGCAACUAUGGCGAGAGCGGGGUGGAGGCCUUUGUGCAGAUCUCCCGUGAGGCUGGGGGCGUCUGUAUCGCCCAGUCCAUCAAGAUUCCCAGAGAACCAAAGCCUGGAGAGUUUGACAAGGUUAUCCGGAGGCUCAUGGAGACGCCCAAUGCCCGGGGCAUCAUCAUCUUCGCCAAUGAGGAUGACAUCAGGAGGGUCCUGGAGGCCACACGCCAGGCCAACCUGACAGGUCACUUCCUGUGGGUUGGCUCAGACAGCUGGGGAUCCAAGAUCUCACCCAUCCUGAGCCUAGAGGACGCUGCCCUGGGGGCCAUCACCAUCCUGCCCAAAAGAGCAUCCAUUGAUGGCUUUGACCAGUACUUCAUGACGCGCUCCCUGGAGAACAACCGCAGGAACAUUUGGUUCGCUGAGUUCUGGGAAGAAAACUUUAACUGCAAACUAACCAGCUCGGGCGGCCAGUCAGAUGACUCGGCCCGCAAAUGCACAGGCGAGGAACGCAUCGGCCAGGACUCUGCCUACGAGCAAGAGGGAAAGGUCCAGUUUGUGAUCGACGCUGUGUACGCCAUCGCCCAUGCGCUGCACAGCAUGCACCAGGCCCUGUGCCCUGGCCACACAGGCCUGUGCCCUGCAAUGGAGCCCACCGACGGGCGGACACUGCUGCAGUAUAUCCGAGCUGUGCGCUUCAAUGGCAGUGCAGGAACUCCAGUGAUGUUCAAUGAGAACGGAGAUGCUCCUGGACGUUACGACAUCUUCCAGUACCAGGCGAACAAUGGCAGCGCCAGCAGCGGCGGGUACCAGGCUGUGGGCCAGUGGGCAGAAGCGCUCAGACUGGAUGUAGAAGCUUUACAGUGGUCAGGUGACCCCCGCGAGGUACCCCCAUCUCAAUGCAGCCUUCCCUGUGGGCCGGGGGAGCGGAAGAAGAUGGUGAAGGGCGUGCCCUGUUGUUGGCACUGCGAGGCCUGUGAUGGGUACCGCUUCCAGGUGGACGAGUUCACCUGUGAGGCCUGUCCCGGGGACAUGAGGCCCACCCCCAACCACACAGGCUGUCGCCCCACGCCUGUGGUCCGCCUCACCUGGGCCUCUCCCUGGGCAGCGCCCCCCUUGCUCUUGGCCGUGCUGGGCAUCAUGGCCACCACCACGGUGGUGGCCACCUUUGUGCGGCACAACAACACCCCCAUCGUCCGCGCCUCGGGCCGUGAGCUCAGCUACGUGCUGCUCACUGGCAUCUUCCUGAUCUACGCCAUCACCUUCCUCAUGGUGGCUGAGCCAGGGGCGGCCGUCUGUGCCGGCCGGAGACUCUUCCUGGGCCUGGGUACCACGCUCAGCUACUCCGCCCUGCUCACCAAGACCAACCGUAUCUAUCGCAUCUUUGAGCAAGGCAAGCGCUCCGUCACCCCACCGCCCUUCAUCAGCCCCACCUCCCAGCUCGUCAUCACCUUCAGCCUCACCUCCCUGCAGGUGGUGGGAGUGAUAGCGUGGCUGGGAGCCCAGCCCCCACACAGUGUGAUUGACUAUGAGGAACAGCGGACGGUGGAUCCGGAGCAGGCCAGGGGGGUCCUCAAGUGUGACAUGUCAGAUCUAUCCCUCAUCGGCUGCCUGGGCUACAGCCUCCUCCUCAUGGUCACGUGCACUGUAUAUGCCAUCAAGGCCCGUGGAGUGCCUGAGACCUUCAAUGAGGCCAAGCCCAUUGGCUUCACCAUGUACACCACCUGCAUCAUCUGGCUGGCAUUUGUGCCCAUCUUCUUUGGCACUGCCCAAUCAGCAGAGAAGAUCUAUAUCCAAACCACCACACUGACGGUGUCCUUGAGCCUGAGUGCAUCGGUGUCCCUAGGAAUGCUCUACGUGCCCAAAACCUACGUCAUCCUGUUCCAUCCAGAGCAGAAUGUGCAGAAGAGAAAGCGAAGCCUGAAGAAGACCUCCACCAUGGCAGCCCAGCCCAAGGGUGAGGAUGAAGAAGGCCCCAAGUAG